AUAAAGUUUCCCAAAAAAAUUAGGAAAAAACUUCCUGCGGGAGGAAAACUGUGCCAAGCUCUACUUCUAGAAGUGGAAGUGGAGGCGCAGUCUCGGGACUUCGGGAGGACAAACAAGCCCCAGAAAAACGCACGGAUAUAACGGUGUAACCACGGAUUCGAAGGUGGAGAGCGCGUUUUCUCCUCGACCUUCUCAUUUCUUUAAAAAAGAAAUGGAAGAGAGUUCAAGCUCUCCCGUCUCCCCAGUGGACAGCCUGGUGACCAGCGAGGAGGAGCUGGACAGACAGCAGAAAAGGUUCGGGAGGAAGAGGAGAACCAGUAAAAAGUCGAGCGAGGACGGCAGCAGCCCGGGCUCCGUGAAUAAACGGAGCAAAAAGCCGAGCCCGAGCAGCACGCAGUCGUUCGAGGAGCUGCAGAACCAGCGCGUCCUGGCGAACGUCAGGGAGAGGCAACGGACUCAGUCGCUCAACGAAGCCUUCGCGUCUUUGCGCAAAAUCAUCCCCACGCUCCCCUCGGAUAAACUCAGCAAGAUACAGACGCUCAAGCUCGCAUCCAGGUACAUUGAUUUCCUCUGUCAGGUGCUGCAGAGCGACGAGAUGGACAGCAAGAUGUCGAGCUGCAGCUACGUCGCGCACGAGAGACUCAGUUACGCCUUCUCGGUGUGGAGGAUGGAGGGCGCGUGGUCGAUGUCUGCGUCCCACUAGCGGAGACACUCGUCUGUCUGAACAAUGCCGAAAGGACUGUUUACUUCCACUAAUUUUGAAGACACCAAAGGAUUUAUUGAUGAACCUCUAAACCUCAGUGACGUGGCCAAAGGACAUUCAGUAGAUACACCUACGGACUUGAGCAUCCUCAUGAAGGACACAGCGAAAGGAGCUUUUUAUAUUCUUAGAGGAAACGUAGAUGACGUCUCCUGUGUUGUCAAAUACAUUUAAUCUUUUUCGCAAGUUAUUCUUAAAUGUCGCCAUGAUGAUAGUACAGGAAGGCCAUCUGUUAUCUGUAAGGAAACUAUAUUGCGUGUUUGUCUCAAAACAAAAGAGUUUUAUAUAUAGAAGCAACAAAGUAUUGUACAUAUAGGCUACCUGUGAGUAUUGUCAGCUUUUUUAAAGGGACCAAUGCAAUUUAGAGCAAUACUUUCUUGAAGUACAUUGCAUGGAUGAAUGCAUACACUUGAUUUUUCCUAUGCAACAUUUUUCGAUUUCCGUCCAUUGUACAUUUUGCUUAUUUAUUAAAACAUAUUUUUGAACA